AAACAUUUUUAUUCAAUAAGCACUUAAUUCUUCUCACUAAUCUCUUCUAACUCUUAAUUAUCAUCAAUAAUUGUUGGUUAGUAUAAAAAAGCCCUAAUGGCACCUACAAUAUCUUCUUCUAGGGUUGAAACCCUAGCAAGUAGUGGCAUACAAUCCAUCCCAACGGAGUAUGUAAGGCCAAAAGAAGAGCUUACUUCUAUUGGGAAUGUCUUUGAGGAAGAAAAAAAUGAUAAUGGACCUCAAGUUCCUACAAUAGAUAUUAAAGAUAUCGCGUCAGAAGAUCAAGAGGUUCGAGAAAAGGCGAUUCAGGACCUUAAAAAGGCCGCAAUGGAGUGGGGUGUUAUGCAUCUUGUGAAUCAUGGAAUCUCCGACGAGCUUAUCAAUCGCGUUAGGGCGGCCGGAGAAACCUUCUUUGAGCUCCCAAUAGAAGAGAAGGAGAAGUAUGCAAAUGAUCAAGCUUCAGGGAAUGUACAAGGGUAUGGAAGUAAGCUAGCUAAUAAUGCUAGUGGUCAACUUGAAUGGGAGGACUAUUUUUUUCACCUUAUUUUCCCCGAGAACAAAAGGGACUUGUCCAUUUGGCCUAAGCAUCCUAUUGACUACAUUCCAGCAGUAUCAGAAUACUCAAAGAAACUAAGAGUCUUAGCAACAAAGAUCUUCUCAGCAUUAUCACUAGCAUUGGGUUUACAAGAAGGAAGAUUAGAACAAGAAGUAGGAGGAUUACAAGACCUUAAUCUUCAACUUAAGAUUAAUUACUACCCUACAUGUCCUCAACCAGAAUUAGCCCUAGGAGUAGAGGCACAUACUGAUGUAAGUGCCCUUACUUUUAUACUCCAUAACAUGGUCCCUGGCCUACAAUUACACUACCAAAAUAAAUGGGUCACUGCCAAAUGUGUCCCCAAUUCCAUUAUCAUGCAUAUUGGUGAUACAAUUGAGAUUCUUAGUAAUGGGAAAUAUAAAAGUAUUCUUCAUAGAGGGUUAGUUAAUAAGGAAAAGAUUAGGAUUUCUUGGGUUGUUUUUUGUGAACCUCCUAAGGAGAAAAUUAUUCUUAAACCCUUGAAUGAUCUUGUUAAUGAAGAUGGUCAUGCUCGUUUUCCUCCUCGAACUUUCGAUCAACAUGUUCAAUAUAAGCUCUUCAGGAAGACUCAAGAACUACAAACUGUAAUAACAAUGCCAGAUCAAUCUUAAUUCCAAAAGAUUGAAAUUGGUUGGAAGAUGAUGAAAGGAAGAUAUUAAGUGUUUUUAAGUUGAAUUAGUGUUGUAUUCUAAGCUUUUACUAUAUAUAUCAUAAACAAACUUAUUGUGUUUUUGAGAUAUUUGUGAUUUGUUUUUAAUUUUUUUCUUGAAACAAUCAUCAUGAUUCAUGUGUGACUUGAUGAUGUGCAUGUAUAAUGUUGUAGUCUAAUGUUAAAUAAAUAAUUAAGUUGUGGAUUA